UUGGUGAGUCUUGCUGUUAAUCGGACGAUUCACAAAUCAGAGGAAAUGGCUGAGAAAAUUGCUCUUCUUGAACGUUUCCUGAACUGCCACGUGUGUUCAGAGACUUUCAGAGAUCCUGUGUCUCUGAGCUGCAGCCACAGCUUCUGUUCAAGAUGCCUGAAGAAAUUCUGGGAACAAGCUGGAAACAAAUGUCCCAUUUGUAAAAGAAAAUCAUCUAAAGAUCAUAUGUCAGUGAACUUUGCACUGAAGGACGCUGACUCGUUUGCUGGGAGACAGAAAGCUGGAUCAUCUGAGACAGAAAAAGAAGAGAAGAAAGAGGAGGUGGUGUGUGAUAAACAUCCAGAAGAGCCUAAACUGUUCUGUGAGGAUGAAGAGAGAGCUGUGUGUCCUGUCUGUGAGUUUUCUCUCCACCAGAGUCACAAGGUGGUUCCUGUAGAACAAGCAGUCAGUGACCUGAAGGACCAGCUGAAAUCUGACUUAGAGUCUCUACAGGACAAGAGGGACAAACAAAAAGUAGAGAAAACAUAUGAUGAAAUAGUAAAACACUCCAAGAAGCAGCUGUUGUCCACAGAGAGGCAGAUCAGAGCAGAGUUCAACAAGCUCCGCCAGUUCCUGAAAGAGGAAGAGGAGUCCAGACUGGCAGCUCUGAGGGAGGAGGAGCAGAAGGGGAAGACUAUCAGCAGAGAGAUGAAGAUGAUUCAGGAGCACAUCUCCUCUCUGUCAGACAGUAUCUCUGCUGUUGAAGAAGACCUGCAGAAACACAACGUGCCCUUCCUCAGCAGUUAUAAAGCCACUCAGACCAGAGCCAGAGUCCAGUGCUCACUGUCAGAUCCACAGCUGGUCUCAGGAGCGCUGAUAGAUGUGGCCAAACACCUGGGCAACCUGUCCUUCAGAGUCUGGGAGAAGAUGAAGGACAAGGUCCACUUCAGUCCUGUCAUUCUGGACCCAAACACUGCAGCCUCGAGGCUCUAUCUGUCUGAUGAUCUGACCAGUGUGAGACGUGGAGACACAAACCAGCAGCUUCCUGACAAUCCAGAGAGAUUCACUAAUUAUGCCAAUGUUCUGGGCUCUGAGGGCUUCAGCUCAGGGAAACACAGCUGGGAGGUGGAGGUGGGAGACCAUCCUAACUGGCUUGUAGGUUUGGCUAAAGAGUCAGCUGAGAGGAAGGGAGAGGCAGGAGCUUCACCAAAAUAUGGAAUCUGGUGUUUAUUUCAUCACUGUGGAAAAUACACUGAUGUUGUUGGUAAGACAGUCAGAGUGAAGAAGAGUCUCCAGAGGAUCAGAGUCCAGCUGGACUAUGACAGGGGGGAGGUGUCCUUCUACGACCUUGAAGACAUGAACAUCUCCACUCACAGAGACACUUUCACUGAGAAACUCUUCCCGUGGUUCAAUAUUGGAUCAGCUGGUGAUGCUAAAACUGCUGAUAUCAAAAUCUGUUAAACUGAGAUUCUCUGU